AUGGCGGCCUCUCCGCGCGCGCCGCGUCGUCACGGCAACCGCCGCCGGGGGAUCGCCUCUCGCUCUCCCCGCAGGUCGCCCAAGAGGCGCGAGAAGGCACCGGGCCGCAGGAGCCGCUCGCCGCGCGCGCGCAGGAGCCGCAGUCCCCGCAGUCCCCGUCGCGCCUAUGUGCGCGUGAAGCAGGAACGAGAGGAGCGUCCACACAGGGGAAACGAGGAGCGGAAGCAGAGGAGCUCGUCCGAACAGGAACAUAGGCGGGACAGAAGCGAUGACAGAGAGAGACACAGAGAGCACUCGGACAGGAGGAAAAACCCCAGCGAGAGGCCCGGGGGCCGAGGGCACGAGCGAGACCGGGAUGCACAGAACAUGCGCGAGCAGCAAGUGGAGAGGGAGUUCUACAAUGAGAGGAGGCGUGAGCAUCGGGAGAAGAACGAGGCGAGCGGUGUCAACCAGAACCUGGAAUUCCAGCAGGCUGAGAACAAACCCAAAGAACCGGUAAAAAAAGAGAAGCCAAGUUUUGAACUGUCUGGCGCUCUGCUGGAGGACACCAACACCUUCCGAGGGGUGGUGAUCAAGUACAGCGAGCCGCCUGAGGCGCGGAUCCCGAAGACACGCUGGCGCCUCUACCCGUUCAAGAAUGAUGAGUUCCUGCCAGUCAUGUACAUCCACAGGCAGAGCGCCUACCUGCUGGGUCGGCACCGGCGCAUCGCCGACAUCCCCAUCGACCACCCGUCGUGCUCCAAGCAGCACGCCGUCUUCCAGUACCGGCUCGUGGAGUACACGCGUGCCGAUGGCUCUGUCGGCCGCCGUGUGCGGCCCUACAUUAUCGACCUCGGCUCCGGCAACGGGACGUUCUUGAACAAUCAGCGGAUUGAGCCACAGCGCUACUAUGAACUGAAGGAAAAGGAUGUGCUGAAAUUCGGCUUCAGCAGCAGGGAAUACGUGCUUCUUCACGAGUCUUCAGAUAAAUCUGAGGCGAACACAAAGGACGAUGAUGAGGAGGAGGAAGAGAAGGAGCAAGAGUCAGACAGUUAACAGCUGGGGAGGAAAUUGGGGUGGUAAAAAUAUCUUUCCAAUAGAACAUUCAUUGGGAUAUAAACAUUGGAGCAUCAAAGCACUGAUGCCUCUUACUGCCUUAAAGUCCUUCUGUUGCUGGUCUGUUCUUGUAGCUUAUUUGGGGGACUUUAAUCAUCUGAUAAUUCUCCUUAUCAAGAAAUCCAGUGUUUUCUAAGCAUAUUUCCCGUAACAAAGAACAAAGAGCACCUGGAGUGAAAGCUACGGUGCUGGAAAUAUUCAACAUGUGUUGAAAGACUCCUAGUAGAUAAUGUAAAACACAGUGGGCGUAUUUAAAAUUAUUUUUAUGAGCUGUUUUGUCAUAAUCCUUUGAAAAUGCUACUUAACUGAAAAAUUAGGUAGAAACUAGCCAGAUAUAUUUUCUCGUACUUGGUAGGAUUUGCCAAAUUUGUAUGUCCGUUGAGAAAUCUGGAGGGGGAGAUUAUCACGUUUCACUACUAAAGAGGCAGGGAUAUUGCAAGGCCCCUCUGGGUAGUUUGCAUUGUGAAAACUUUUCAGGGAUGGGCAUUUUACCGGCAUACCGUGGAAUUCCCAGGGGAAGUGAAAGGCUUCCCAGGGCUUUAGUUUAUACUGUGGAUGGGGAGGGGGUUGAAGGCAGUAUGUGUCCAAAUACAUUGGCACUAGAUACUGAAAUUGUUUUUGGAUGUUGAGUAUCCAGUUUGAAAGCAGAAUCCUUUAUUUUUUGAUAACAGCG